AUGGCGUUCCAUAACUCUAGAUGGGCAAAUGAUUCAUUUAACAAAAAGAUUGGUGAUUUAAUAAUUAAAGUGGAUGAUUCAAUUUUUAAUACUGUGAAAUUUGUUAAAAUUAAAAAUAAAUGGAGUGGAUUUGAUAGUGGAUACAAUAAAUGUUGUUCCAAUAAUUGUAUAAAUACAAAUAAACCUAUUGGCAAUUGUGUUAAAGGAUUUGGAUUUGGAAAUAUAAUUGAUGAGGAAAAUAUUAAAUAUAUUAAUUUCGUUGAUCAAUAUGUUCUAGUAUAUGCAGAAAAUUCAUUUACAAAACCACAAAGCUGCUUUAAUUAUUCUUUAUAUUAUUUUGAAAUUAAAUGUAAUGUUGAAAGAGAGUUAAAUAAAGGUUUAGAUUGGGUGUAUAUUGGCCUUAAAAUUCCGAGUUCACCUAAAUAUAUAAACUAUCAUGCAAAAUAUACAACAAUUUUUAACGACAAAGGUUUUCCACUUCAACUUGCAACAUCUUUCAAUAACAAUGAUAUUUAUGGUUGUGGAUUAGUUUAUCCUCCAACUAAUAUGACUAAUGAAAUUCCUUAUGUUUUCUUUACACAAAAUGGAAAACAAAUAGGUAAAUAUUUAAUUAGGUUGAGACAAAUAAUAAACCCUCUUGGAUUAAACGGAUUAAAUAAUUAA